AUGAGCAACUUCUCCCAAGCCCCGAACAAGGUCGACGGCCUCGUCCCGUUCACCUUCUCUAUUCCGAAAGAGGAGAUAGACGCCCUCAACACACUCCUCAAGCGCCCUCUCCCAAUAGCCACCUGGGAGAACAGCCAACAAGAUGGCCGCUUCGGUGUCAGCCGUGACUGGGUUGCCAAUGCCAUUUCUCAGCACAAGUACCAGGAGAGCAUCAACGCCAUUCCCAACUUCAAGGUCCCAGUAGAGGACGACGGUGAGACGUACGACGUCCACUUUGCGGGCCUGUUCUCUCAGAAGAAGGAUGCAACCCCCCUUCUUCUGAGUCACGGCUGGCCUGGCUCGUUCCUGGAGUUCCUGCCCAUCCUGAGCAAGGUCCAGAAGCAAUACGCUUCUGACCCGGCGUCGCUGCCAUACCACCUCAUCGUUCCCUCAGUGCCGGGCUACGGUUUCACCAAAAUCUCCACCAGGAAGAACAUGACAAUGUUUGAUGCCUCCCGCAUCUUGAACAAGCUGAUGGUGAAACUCGGAUUCAAGCAGUAUAUCGCCCAAGGAGGCGAUAUUGGCUCCAUGAUCACGAAGACGGUCGUGGAGGAGUAUGACGAGUGUAUCGCCGGCCACGUCAACAUGCUGAUGUUGAACCCGCCUCAGGGUGAGGGCAUCGCCCCGCCCACGGAGAUUGAGCAGCGCGCUCUUGACCGUGGUGCAAAGUUCUUGGAAUCGGGCAUGGCCUAUGCAAUGCUGCAUGGCACCAGGCCGGCCACGGCUAGUUUUGCGGUUGGGGCCAGCCCUGUUUCCUUGAUCGGCGAGAAGAUGAUUGAAUGGUCGGACGAGACACCUUCCAUCGAGACUAUCCUCGGCAACGUCUCCCUGUACUGGUUCACGGGAUGCUACCCAUCUUCAAUCUAUCCCUACCGCGAGCUUGCAGGCCCAACCGCCAAGGACCGUGCCGUAUCGGGCAGCAUGGACAAGGUCAAGAAGCCAUUCGGCUCUUCGUGGUUCCCACUCGAGCUGGCUAGCGUCCCGAAGAGCUGGGCUGAAGCAACUGGAAAGGUUUCCUUUUUCAAGGCACACGACAAGGUAAUACUACUGAACAGCCCCUUCUCUCCGGAAAAUGACUGA